AAAGACAAACCAUGUAAAGAAUAAACAGUAUAAAAACGAUGACCUGCAAACUGAAAUAAAGCAAGAAAGAACUUACAAGUUGCAACAAUGGCGAACCGAGUCAAGAUCAUCUCCAAAGAAACAAUCCGGCCGUCGUCUCCGGCGGAGCAGCACAUCCGGAAAUUUUCGUUUCUCGAUCAACUUGCUGUCCCAAACUACAUUCCCUUAACAUUCUUCUACACAGCUGAUCGAUCCUGCCAGUUUUCCCCUGCCGAUAUCAUCCUCCGGCUCAAGAAAUCCUUGCCCGAUGCUCUGACGAUGUUCUAUCCGAUCGCUGGGAGAAUUCGAAAAGGCAAUCGAUUCAUCGAUUGCAAUGACAAUGGCGCUGAAUUCAUCGAAGCUAGGGUUCACAGACAGCUAAGAGACGUUAUAGAGAAUCCUGAUGCGGAUGAGCUUAAAGAGUACCUACCUGUGCAGCCAGAGGAUCAUCAUCAACAGGUGGAUGGAGCUCUCCUGCUUGUGCAGGCUAAUCUCUUCGAUUGCGGAGGAAUUGCCAUGGCGGUUUGCCUGUCGCACAAAGUAGCCGACGGAACUUCGUUGUCGAAGUUUGUGCAAGCUUGGGCGGCGAUUAGCCGCGGCGAAGCUGCCGGAGUAGUUGCUCCGAACUUCCAUAUCCUGGCAGAGCAAUUCCCCCCUAUAGAUCUGCCUGAACCUCAUCCGUCGCCGUCAAAUGUCAUCUCCGGUGAAAAAAUCGUGACGAGAAGAUUCAUCUACAAUGAACAGAAAUUGGCGUCGCUGAAGGCUGAAAUCGCGACGGCGGAAGGAUCAACGGUGAAGAAUCCGAGCAGAGUGGAGGCUAUUUCGGCUUCGAUUUGGAGGCAUUUCAUCGAACGCCAUAGGCGCCAUGGAUGCACGAAGGUCGCGGCGGUUCAUUCGGUGAAUCUGAGGGCUCGAAUGGCGGAUUCUCCGCUCCAAGCCUUCGGCAAUUGCUACGUGUUAACGCCGGCGUACGUCACCGACGGUGAGCACGAAUUGCACCGUCUAGCAGAGCUUCUAAGGAACGCAUUCAAAAAAAUCGACGGUGAAUAUGUAGGGGAAAUCCAGAGGAGCGGCGGAGGAGAAUACCUAACCCUAAGGCAGAGGAUAGUGAUUAUGAAGAAGGAAGGAGCGGCGAUGUGCAAUUUCAGCAGUUGGUGUGGAUUUCCGGUGUACGAGGUGGACUACGGGUGGGGGAAGCCGGCGUGGGUGUGCACGACAUUGUUGCCGUUUAAGAACAUCGUGAUACUGAUGAGCAGACCUGAGGGGAGAGGGAUCGAGGCGUGGGUUAACAUGGUUGAAGACGACGAUGGUGGAGACUUGAAAACACUGCAAGCCUAA